GCCCUGAGCUGCGUGCCGGCAGCGCCCCAGGCUCUCACCCGCCCGUGCGUCCUGCCCAAUCGCUGGCUCUGCCGCCGCCGCCCCAGGUCCCCGGGGGGCAGGAGCAGCCUCUGCCGCCGUCCUGGGAACCUGCCGCGGCUGCGCUGACGGCGCGCCCUGCUAAUGGCUGAGCCACGGGGCUGCUCAGUGUGGCUGUAGCGGACAGACGGACGGAGCCAGCGACUUGCCCGGAGCCCGGGCGCCCAGAGCUCUCCCGAAGCCAACCACCUCCUCCCAGCGUGUUGAGCCCAGCCCAGCCCAGCUCAGCCCAGGCCAGGCCAGGCCAGCCUUGGCCGCGGCUGCCUCUCUUUUCCUCGCCUAGCCACGCCGUGCCCCCCGCCAUGGUGUCCUGGAUCAUCUCCAGGCUGGUGGUGCUCCUGUUUGGCACCCUUUAUCCCGCAUAUUAUUCCUACAAGGCAGUAAAGUCGAAGGACAUUAAAGAAUACGUAAAAUGGAUGAUGUACUGGAUCAUAUUUGCACUUUUUACAACAGCAGAGACAUUCACGGACAUCUUUCUUUGCUGGUUCCCCUUCUAUUAUGAACUAAAAAUAGCCUUCGUGGCCUGGUUGCUGUCUCCUUACACAAAGGGCUCCAGCCUCCUCUACAGGAAGUUUGUGCAUCCUACGCUGUCAUCAAAAGAAAAGGACAUUGAUGACUGCCUGGUCCAAGCCAAAGACCGGAGCUACGAUGCCCUUGUCCACUUUGGGAAGCGGGGGCUGAACGUCGCGGCCACCGCAGCGGUGAUGGCUGCUUCCAAGGUUGCUCGGCUUUUUGACUUUGUCUCAUAUUUGGACCCCAGAGAAGGGCAGGGACAAGGUGCCUUAUCUGAGAGGCUCCGGAGCUUCAGCAUGCAAGACCUCACUACCAUCCGUGGUGAUGGGGCCCCCGUCCCUUCUGGCCCACCUCCCUCAGCAACUGUGCGGACCAGCAGCAAACACGGCCAGCCCAAGAUGUCCAGAAGUGCAUCUGAAAGUGCUGGAAGUUCAGUGUGUACCUGCUGCUCCUCAUGCAGGACCCGGAAAGUGGUUGAGGGAGAGGUGAAUGAGGGGGGUGUGAAGUUAUGGAAGCCGCACCCACACCUGAACAAGGACCCAUCAAUAUUCUCCGAUGAGGAGGAGGAGGAGGAGGACCUGUUGGAUUAUAUGUACAAGUUUAAAGCUCCCCGGAAGACGGAGAGACCUCUGGAGGCACCGCCUAGGAUCCUUCGAUCUCGCUUCAGGAAGAAAUGUACCUCAUCCCCUGCCACUGAAACCAUGUGAGUGAGAUGAGCCAACAGCACCGGGAUCCACAGCACGCCUCUUCUCUGCCUUAAAGAGCUAUUCACUUAAUAACAUAGAAAUCUGGGAGUUGGGUGUGCUUUGAGUGGGCAGCAUUGUAGUCAUGGCCUUCUCUCUCUCUCUCUCUCUCUCUCUCUCUCUCUCUCUCUCUCUCUCUCUCUCUCUCUCUCCCCAGACUUUUUUUUUUAUUAAUUUUCAUGGGAGAAGGGGCUAAGGGUGGGAUAGCAGGGAAUGACCUCCAAGUCCCCUGAUGUUGGGAGUAUUCACAGCUCAGUAAUCAUCAACCUGAGAGAAAAGCAUCAUUGCGGAAGUCAUCUCUACUGUGUUUCUGAAAUGUUUGGGGUAUAAGUUUGUAAUUUAUCAGUUGUUCACCUAGUUUUUAUUCCCAUAAAUGCAAAUGAUAGCAAUUAAAACAAAAUACCCCCCCUUGAUAAGAAUACUUUGAGUCAUCAUGUAUUUUAUAUUUUAUGGUAUUUCUGGUUAAAAUAAAUAGACUUCCAGGGGCCAACAAUGGCUCACAGUUAUGUAAAGAGACUGAAUGAAAAAAAAAGUUUGUUUUUUAAAGCAACAAACCCACUGAAAUUCCUGUUCCUGUAUGGAACUGAAAUAGUUCCUGUAUAGAAUUUGUAAAAGUUUCCAGGUACAGCUCAAGUGGGUGUCUGGCAAGUAUUUCACUAUACAAGUGAGGACAGAAAAAAUAGAGGUGGAAUGAAGAGAGAUCUGGCGGUCACUCCUCUCUGCAAAGUUUUUCUUUUCCAUUCUCAGUGAGCUUUAAGGUUUCCCAGAUGUCCCCCUGAGAUGAAACAGUGAGCUGAACAGCGUGCAAUAAGAAGAGUAUGAAAGGAGGCAUGGUCUCUGCACUGGAUUCAGGGCUAGAACUUUGACGAUUGUGACUGAUGUGACCACAGACAGGACCAUUCACAUUGCCAAGCUUCCUGGGGAUGUGACCAUGCACCUACCUCGCAGGGUUGUUAGAUGGAUUCACAGAAUGAGCUUAGCCAAUACAAAGUUCUAGGUCACAGUAAGGAUUCCCUGUCACCUUCCCUGCUUUGACCCAUGCUGAAACCAUUCUCACCAGGCAGAGAGGGAAGGGGUGAAAACCCUUGCAUCCCAGGAGCUCAUGAAGUCAGUAUUGUGUGAAAAGAAGCUAGAAUCGUAUUUUCGACUUUUAAGAGAGGCUUUCCGUUUGUAAUUAUCUAUAAUAAUGGGAGCCGGAAAGAUUUAGGGAGAGUUUUUGUUUCGAAAUUUGGUCCUAGAAAACACAAUUACUGCUUUCCACUGAAUUCUAAAUAUUGCUCUCAAUCUGUGCAUGGUAGCUUUUAAGAGAUACUUCUCAUGAACUUAUCAACUCGCCCCGUGGGAAAAAAGUGAAGUCCUGACUCACUAUAUAGAAGUGAGAGCCUAAUUUUUUUCCAAAAAGAAAAAUCUGGGUUAGAUUUCAUUUUAGUCUAAAUAUUAGGAUAGUGUUUUCAUCCCUAGAUUAGGAAAGAAGAGGGAGAAGCUGUAUUGAGUAUUUGUGCUUUCGAGAUGUAAGUGUAUUCUGCAUGCAGUUAGUCAAUCCCUUAGCUCUGUGUUGGCCCUUAAUCUGUCCUGUAGGCUAGAAAACACGUGUUACUACUAUGUACCACAUAAGACUUGCUGUCAACUGAAAUAGAUAACCAGGCUCUCUUAAAGAUUGUUCCAUUAUUAAUAUCAUUAAGGUGCAGCAGGGGGUCUAGGGGGAUGCUGAACUGGCUGGAUUUCAGCAGGCUCAGAAAUGUUUGCCCUUGAAAUUGUCCACCAGUGUCUGUCCCUUGGGUCCUUUAUAAGUGAUUUUAUAGCAUCCUUAAAAAAACCCAAAAAAACAAACAAAAAAAAAAAACAAAAUAAAAAAACCCACUUCUAAACGAGUUAAGAGAAAACCCCAAGCACCAUUUUUUUUUUAAAGGAGGGCAAAAUAUUUCCCCCUUGUCACAAUACUUCCACGUAUUAUUGGAAAGAAAUGUAAUUGCACUCAAAUGUACCAGGCAGGUUAUUAAUAGAAACUCUUUAUGGUUUAGAAAGGUAUUUACUUUUUAAGUAGCAACUAGGAUAUAUUCAGAAUCAUUGAAUGUGCCCAGAAAACUUUGAGGAGCCCAGCUUGCAUGCUUAAGUUAUGCGAUUUUUUUUUUCUUUUUGCAAAAAAAUUCCCCCCCCAAAAAAACAAAAAAAAAACCACUUUAGCAGAAAUUAAAAUCCUAUUGUGAGCAAGCUUUUUUUUCUCACUAUUAUGCAACAGGAAAUUCUGACAAGUAGAAGCUGACAAAUUUGCACUCAAUUAUGCCAAAAAAAAUGUUUGAAGAACUCUCAGAUAUGCUGUAUUACUAUUCACUCUAGGUAAAAAUAAGAAAAGGUGUCCAAGCUGCUGUCUUAAUGUAAACUUGACUAUUUCAAUUUUCCUUCAAGUGUUAAUAUGGGAGUUGGUUUCUCUCUCAGACAUUCACUGUACAACUGAGAAGUUUUCAUAUCUCUGGCAAAAUGUGUAUUUAUCCAACAAGCUGUAUAUUUGUGUAUAGACUGACAUGAAAUGUGAAUGCCUCCAAAUGUACGCUUAGUGGUGUGCUCUGUCCACAAAUAAGACAAUGUUGUUUUUAAUUUGCUUAAUUACAGACACAGGUUGUUUACAAAAUGCUAGCUCAAAGGUCUGUAAUGGUUAUGUAUUGACUUAUAUUUUUUCAUAGCCCUUGGGCACAUGUAUUAUUUGGUGGGGGUUGGGGGUGGGGGG